CUGCGCAAUGCACACGAACACACCGGUCAAGCCGAUAAACGAAAUACCGAAAAAUCACAAAAACCGCAACUUCUGCGAGAAAAAUUAGAAUUUAUUUAUUUUAUAAUUGAAAUACUCGUAAUUGUGCGGUUUGGACAUAUUUCAUUUGAGAUAAACUGAGGUGUGAACAUAUUAAAAUGUAAGAAAUCAAAUAUCAAUAUAUUUUCAACAGACGAAUUGCAGUUUGUGCACCAGCAACAACAAAUACUAUACGAAAGAGCCACACCAAACGUCUACGCAAGGUGUCAGACGGACAAAGGAACCGUAAACUACAAAAUAAAUAAGUUUAUACGCCAAAAACGAGCUCGGUUAUCAGCAAAUAUGUUGCAGCUAUUUAAGUAAAAGUGCCAAAUAUUGAGGAAUAAGACGAGUGUUUGUGUAAUAUUUGCUAUCAAAAUAUACAAUUUCGUUCGAAGUCAACGAUUCGCUCUUUCGCUGCACAAACCUCAUUCACAUGUAUGCCAAAUAUUGAUGAAAGACAACCACGCCUAAUUUGGUUGAACUCAAAAUAUAACAUCCCAACUAGUCAAAAAUUGAUGAUAAAAAAGUAUGAACUGAAAAAUAUAAUUUAUCGACCCCAGUUUGGAAUUUCCUCGCCUUGAGAGAUCUCUUUUCGUCUAUUAUAUAUCAUAGGAUAUAUAAUUAAUUAAUAAAACAAUAGUUAAGUAUCUGUGUGAAGUUUAGUGUUGGAAAAAUGGGAAACAAAAACUCGUGCUGUGCUUAUGCGAGUCCACAAUCGGAUCGCAAAUCAAAAGAAAUUCCACCUGUCUAUGAGGAGCGUCAUCAUGUACAUAGCAGUCAUCACAUCUCAUCCUCACAACAUCAGUUAGAUGGUCACAUCUCUGCUUCCACGGCGGCUAUUCAUCACAGUGCUGGCACACUGGACAAUCCACACAAUUUGCAACACAUUUCGGAACGUGAAGCUCUUGAGGGCGAAGACGAUCCAUCUGUGGACCCCACAGCUGCAACCAUGUUUCUCGAACGCUCCAAAGUCGAAAAUGGAGGAAUUUCUCGAAAACGUUCACAACACCAAAUCGCGCAACAAGCUGCGAAUUCAACUGGGGGUGGCUUGAAAAAAAGCUCGUCCUGUUCUACUAUCUAUUUGGAUGACAGCACUGUUUCACAACCGAAUCUGAAGAAUACAGUGAAAUGUGUCUCACUCGCAAUUUAUUACCACAUUAAAAAUCGACAAUCGGAUCGUCGGCUGGACAUUUUCGAUGAGAAACUACACCCAUUGACACACGAUGCCGUGCCUGACGAUUAUGAUUCGCAUAAUCCAGAGCAUAGACAAAUUUACAAGUUCGUGCGCACUUUAUUCAACGCAGCUCAAUUGACUGCCGAAUGCGCCAUUAUAACACUAGUCUAUCUCGAGCGCUUGCUAACCUACGCAGAAUUGGAUUUGGCACCGUGCAAUUGGAAGCGUAUGGUGUUGGGUGCCAUACUACUCGCCUCCAAAGUUUGGGACGAUCAGGCAGUGUGGAAUGUGGAUUAUUGUCAGAUAUUGAAAGACAUUACGGUGGAGGAUAUGAAUGAACUCGAACGUCAAUUUCUCGAAUUGUUGCAAUUCAAUAUUAAUGUACCCUCAUCCGUCUACGCCAAAUAUUACUUUGAUUUGCGCACGCUUGCCGAGGCGAACGAUUUGUCCUUCCCCACGGAACCACUCUCCAAAGAACGUGCGCAGAAAUUGGAAGCCAUGUCUCGUGUUAUGCAAGAUAAAGUAACUGCCGAAGCUUUAAAGAAUGGUAUAAAGAAGUGGUCUUCAAUGGACAACAUUAGCCAAGGCGGGCCGCGACGGUCCGUUGCUAUACUCUCGUGAUUUUCGCUAGUUUAUUAGAACAAUUAAACAAAUAAUCGUAUGCAAAACAGACGUACAGCAACAAAAUUAAAAAAAAAAAUGAAAUUUUUCGAAUUAAGCGCACAUAUUUUUAAUUUGUCUGCUCCAUAACACUGUUGCAACUGGCCGGUGGUAAUUGAAUGCCAAGUGUUGAGUUUGGCAUUAAGUAAAAUGUCAAAUAGCAGAUGAACUUUCCAUGUUAAGCAUUUUAGCUAAAUGUGCAAUCUCUUAUAAAAUAAAAUUCAAAUUACAUUUUAUUUGCUGCAAAAGUUACACAAUUGAUAAGAAGGCAUCAUUUAUAUGUCAAUUUUUCUUCAGCAAUAUGUACAAUGUGACUUCCGAGAGCGCCCAGUAGCAGGCUCUUUAUUAUUAUUUUAUAUUUUGCUCGAAUUGUGCAACUGAAGCGUUGAAAGACCACUUUGAAAAGCUUUUAAACGAAUCUAAUUAGUACUGAUACGAACUAAGCGGUGCGAACUUUGGUAAAUAAUAUUGAGAUUUUAAAAAUAAAUAAAUACAGCGGCCAAAAAAAUAAUAUGAAUUAAAGUAGAAAAACUUCAGAACACUCUGAGACGUAUGUAGAUAUUUUAAUGCUAAUGAAAAACGAUUGAAAAAUUAUAAAAUAUUCAUCAAACAAAGGUUAUAAUAUUUUUAUAAUUCGUUACAGUGCUAUUACAGAAACAAAAACUUUAGUGGCAAUAAGUUUAAGAAAUCCUAGAAAAGAAUUGCAUUCAAUUGUAUUUUUAUAUUAACAAAUUAACAGCUUAAUAAAGUUUUGUUUGCUUUCAUCGCGCUCAUUAACACCCCUCGCUAAUAUACUGCUAAAAACAAAAACCAUAUAUUUUUGUAUAAAAAACAAUUUUGUGAUGUUAAUGUUUCAUGCGAUUUGCUCUUGAAAAUUUAGUUUUCCAUACGUAUUUAAUGAUAUAUAGUUUUUAUAAGUAAAAACAAAACGAAUCAAUUGUGUUUGAUAAGCAUUAAUGUAUGAAUUAGUAAUAAUUAGUUAUAAAUAUGUACUUUUAAAAGUAGCGAACUACAUUCAGCAAAAGAAAAUACUUGAAACUUUUUAGUAUAUAUGUAUGUAUGUAAGUUUUACUGCUAUAUAACGCAUUAAUAAGCACGGUAACGACCGUCAAAAGCGGAAAUUAAAUCAUCAGAAACCGAUAACGGAUAAAGCAUUAACCAAAAGAUCGAUUUUGAAGUAGAAUGUAGUGAAGGAUAUGCAAUAACAAAUUAAAUUAUCAUUAAAAAUACCAAAAUAUCAAUGCGAAUGACUUAAGUGAAAAAAAAAAUUAAUUUGUAUUUCUUUUACACAUAACGAUGUUUAAAUAAAGACUACAAUUCGAUACAA